AUGCCUAAUAGAUUAUCCAAACUCUUCUCGUCCUCCGAGGCGAAGGAGAAGGAAGCUCUUGCAGAAACGGAUCGUAACCGCUCGAACGACUCGCCACCACCUGGGUAUCAAGAGCAGCCACCAGACUAUGACCGCGAGAAUAUACUCAAUCCUCCCGACAUCACGGCCGGCUUUAACAAUUUGCACAUCUCAGAAUCCAAAAAUGGCUUCCCGCAACCUGAGGAAGCGAUCGCUCACCUGAAAGUGCUGGAAUGUUUCUAUCGCUUGAAGCAGUCGGUUGGUUCCCGCGAUGGCCUUUUCGGUAUCAACGACAAAGUGGUCACUGGGCAUGGACUGCCUCAGACAGAUAAUAUUAGCGAACUGCUGGCGAACCUUGCCGAGAAGCGAUGGGCCAUCUACUUGCAACGAGCAGUCGAUCGAUUUGAGGUCUGGUGGAAUGCUGUCACGCCAAACGCGCGUAUGAUUGACCGUGGGACUCUUGAACGCUCCGGCAAAGCUGGUACUCUCCUUAAGCCGGCACACAUGAAUGGACAGGCGAUUAUGCUUGACAUGACCAACAUACCCCCAGCCGACGUGCUCAUGGUCUGGCACUCGUAUAUGCUCAAUCCGCGCGCUUAUCUGGAGGACUGCAUUCGAUACGGCAGAAUGCCGCUGUGGCACACACCUAUGCCAUGGCAGGUUGUGUCGCAGUGCAUCAACUCCGAGACGUUCGCCUUUGAAGCAACGCCGGAAGCCCAAGCCUCUUUCACUAGCCUCACUGGUCUCCCAUGGCACAAUCUCGAAGACGUCAACUCGAAGAGAGUCAUCUGCCCUAGUUGUAACAUGCAAGAUAACUGGGCUGCUUGGACAACAUGCUUUGACUAUGCACCUUCCACUCAAAUCACCAAUGAGAAGGUCCUUGGGGGUGUCAUCGACGACAUGCUGUCUUCCGGCCGUGGCUUCUGCGAUAAAGACUUCCGCCUUCAAUGCAGGAAUUGUCUGGAGCGCUUUACACACGAACGCCUUCGCUCUGGCAAAUUCUGCAACGACAUGAAGAAGCUCAUCCACGAUGAUGUUCCUUUGGGCGGUACAUGUCUAGGCCACGAAGGGAUACCUUAUACCGCCUUUGGAAAGCGAGACAUCACAUCCGAAGUCGUCAACGUCGUCUGCAACGAUUUGUUCAAGAAAGGCCUCAGCCAGACCAUCAUCAGUAAGCAAGCAUCCUCCACCCAAACCGUCAACGAGAUUCGCGACGCAGUGGAGGCAGCUAUGAACGAUCGCGCGUAUAUGCGUAAAGUACGGAGUAGCCAUUCCUAUCGCAUGCAGCGAUCCGAGCGCAUCGGCGUGAGGAAGAUAAUGUCUCGCUACUGGGAGAAUUCCUCUCCUUUCGCCCUCGAUCUGGUCGGAGCGGUGAUAAGACAAGGCUCUUUCGUCGAGAAGAUGCACAAUAUUGACUGGUUACAUUCACCCGCUUUGCCCUCCACCAUGGCCCGCCUGAUUAAAAAGUAUCAAGUCUUCCUGCAAAUCAUGGCUUCAACUCCAACGCGAAUGGCCGUUCCUACACUCGACGUGGAUCUUGCCUGGCACACACACCAACUCUCACCUCACGAAUACAUGAAAUUUACAGUCGAGCUGACUAGGCAAUUCAUCGACCACGAUGACAAGGUUGCGGAAACCAAGUUGAAUGAUUCUUUCGCCUGGACUUCGAAGACGUACCAGAGGAUGACCGGCCAGCCAUAUUCCGAAUGCACAUGCUGGUACUGCGAAGCCAUCCGCGAAAGCCAUACCUCCACCGCUUCUCGCCUCUUCAGUACCACCUCUGCCAGGGCAGAGGAGAUGCUUCACUCCUCUUCCCAAGAUCCUAGAAAAUCAGUCCACAUCUCCGCACACAAUGCCAUCCGACCCCGAGAUGCCUCGGAUCCCAUCUACUCCCGCGAAUCCAAAGCCCGCGCGGCAGAAUUGGAAAAGCACUACCUCAAAGCCUGCGAACGCGCCAAGAAGAAGGGCAGACCAGUACCCAAGAGAGAUGACUACUACUAUUCCGACGCCUGGGGCUAUCCUGUCUACAUCCCGGCUUACUCCCCUUACGUUGGCUUCAUCCCUUACGCGCCGAUGUAUUACCCCGUCACGCCGGGUUGUAUGGCCGUUGGGGCAGGCGCCAUAGGCAAUUGCUGCGCCGGGACAUGUGGUGGUGGAGUUGCUGCGGGAGCCUGUGGUGCAGGAGGCUGUAAGUUAUCCUACCGUCGUUCUACUAUGUGUGAGAUUUGCUAACGUCGUUUGAUGUAGGUGCUGGCGGCGCCGCUGGUGGUUGUGGCGGAGGUGGAGGCGGAGGCGGCUGUGGUGGUGGUGGUGGUGGUGGAGGCGGUGGUUGUAAGUCCUUCCCAUACUUUCGCUCCUUGAACAUGUUACACAUCGGCUAACAAUUGUGCUGUAGGUGGUGGUGGCGGCGGAGGAUAA